AUGAAACGCGCGUGCAGCCCAGAAACCAGCCCAGAGCAUGGGCUGAGAAAAGAAAUUCCCCUAAAUGAACAGCGCCCAAUUCUCUUAAGCCUAAAUGCACCCGUCUCCCCUCCACGAAAAAGAUCAUCCAUUAAAUGUGCCAAGGAUGGAGAUGGAGGAGACACUAUCCCGCUGAACGCAUCACAACUAAAGACUUCAUCCAGCCUCGCUGCCAUCGAAGCAGGCCAGGUUGAACUGACUGACCAUCUGAGCACAAUUUCCGCAAAGCUCAAAGAAUGCGUUCGCCCACUUCCAAAACAACCAAUACCCCGGCUGCCCAUUAAGGAAUGGAUCGAGCUGUACAGACGCAACGAGCACCCCGAAGGACACCAUUUCGUCAUCCAUCAGCAUGACCAUCCCAUCGCAGGGCCUCAUUAUGAUCUCCGGCUUCAGUUCUCAGAGACCAGCUCUGUCAGUUGGUCGGUUAUGUAUGGGAUGCCUGGGGAUCCGAAUAGCGAACGAUUAAAUCGGAAUGCAACUGAAACUCGGAUCCAUUGUUUAUGGAAUCAUCUCAUUGAAACAGCUUCCCACAAAACGGGGAGCCUCAUUAUCUGGGAUACUGGAGAAUACGAAAUUCUACCUUAUCAAAUGGACUCAUCUGGCCCGGAGACUGAUGAUUCUCGAUCAGAGAUCUCCGAAGAUAGCCAGGUUUCACCGGAAGAGCCAAUCUCAGAUAGUGCGAAGUUGCGAGAAGCUUUUCAGAAUCGCAAAAUCCGACUCCGACUGCAUGGAACCCGUUUACCAAAAGACUACACAAUUAUUUUGCGGAUGGACAAAACAACCGAUUUCGCUAGGCCGAUCCGCGAAGGCCCCAAACGGCGUCGUCAAAACCCAUCCAGGCCAACGGUGUCGCGGGCGCUGUCUACCUCGGACUCGGGAUCACCUUCGCCGCCCCCUAGUAAACAAGAAUCGAGGGAGAAUCCAACACCGCAACGAUCUCAAUCCGAAUCUGAAACCGGCCCGGCUAAGCAUGCACAUGCAGACGAUACCUACACCGCCGACAUGGAAAUCCAAAGAAACAACGCCUAUCCAGGGUCCAGCAACACGAUUGGUUCGAUCCACCAACGGCGCUGGUACCUUAGUCUAGACCGGGAAUCGUCGGGAUUUGAGUCGACCAUAGGGAAUCAAAGUAAGGGGCUGGAAAAAAGGAAAAAAAUGUGGACCCCUAAACCCGUCGGACGAGGAUUCGAGCCGUUUUAUGUGUAUGGGCCGGAAGCUGAGCGGAGCGUUAUCACGGCGCGAUUAGGGCGCGAUGUCUUGGAUGACGAGGCUGUGGAAGAGUUUGUGCCGAGGCGCGGGUGGAGGCCGGUCCUGCAUUAG